CGGUGGCAAAAGUUCACAUGAACUCGACAGGACGGCGUAAGGGUAGGGUGCUCUUGAGAUCCGUCAACACACUAGCCACUUGCCCUUUCCAAUUUCUUUUCCCAGCAUGGGGACCGAUCCCCCACCGCGCGAGAGAGCCUUACCAGAAAGAUCACCGCUGAUCACCCUUCAAUCAAACGGUCCCAGGCUUUGAUCAGCAGCAAAUAAUGCCAAUCCCAUCGAAGGUGCCGCAGGGUGCCAUAACGACAACAUUCCCCUACAUUUUCCCACUUUUCUCAGCGCUGGAAAAUGCUUCUUCCCCUUCAUUUCGCGACCGCGGCGGUGCGAGAGAGAGAGAGAGAAUACUGAGAUGAACUAACACUCUCUUGCACACUCGCUCCCUCUCUCACGCACACUCUCUCGGUGCGGGCUCCGGUGUGCCGGUUUUCGUGCAAGCGGAAGCAUACAUUCCGGCGCUGACCUCUGCGGUGGCGACAGUUGCGCUAACACACACGCUACUUCCGUCCCGGGGUGGCACAACGGCACAAUUUCCGUGCGUUUUAAAAUUGUGAAAGGUUUUAGUGUAAAGUGUGUGUAUGAUUUAGUAGUGAAUUACACGUGAAUUAGCACCAAAAGCACUAAAAUAGUAUAAAAUAUGUGACAGUCGUAAUCGAAUUUCACUCGCUCAGUGGAUAUCGCGUCUGUUUGUGUUGAAACAUUCCGGAAACAGCAAACACAACAACGCGGGCAAUAGUGCAGAUGAAAAAACCAACCUACCAAAACAAACAACUCUCGCUGUACGUUCAUCGCAUUCAGCACACGCUGGUGGAAAAAUGUCCCGCCGGAAGCAGGCCAAACCGAGAGCACUGAAGCAUGAUGGCGAUGAGGAGGUUGAUGCGCCCGGUGUGGCUACUACGAUCCGGCAGCACAAUGGUACAGUGAAAGGUACUUCAGCUGAGGAGGACAUGAAAGGUGACAGCAUGCUAGAGGACAUUACCGAUGAUGAUGAGCGUGCUGGUGAGGAGCAAGAUUUGGAGGAUACAAGUGAUGAUGAGCCUGAGAUGGAGGUGAAGCCUAAGGAUGCGAAAGAGGGAAGUGUUACCCGGUGCAAGGAUAUGAAAAGUGUGUGUGAGUUGGAAGUGAACCCGUGUGAAGGAAGGUCGAGUGUUGGCGCUAAUGUCGCUACUUCCAAUGACAUCCAAGAGGAGGAUGAGUUGUGCGCGGAUGUGGGGAAAAGUGACUAUGUUGGGAAUAGCAGCUCAGUUCAGGAGAAUCGUAAAGGUAAGAUUUUUUAUUUAAUUUCAUAUUGAACUUGAGCUGAAUUA